AUGGAUAUCGGCGUAUGUCUCAGCGAACAACCCAAGUUAUCAGGUCACUUUGACAUAGACGGAAACAUUUUCAAAAAUUUGAAAAUUACAGCAGAACAAAAGCGCAGUUUGUUGGAGAAUUUGGAACUCGAAUUUGACGCACGAAUUCUGAAAAUAAAGAAAAAUGCUGAGGAAAAGGCAUCAAACCAUCGUUUAAAAUGCAUGCUUGAAAUCGAAAAAAUUCCUCUCGAGAUCCGACAAUUACCGUUAGCGGAAUUUAUCAACAUUUAUCAUGCAAAUCCAAAAGAAUAUUUCGAAAAGAAAGCUGCAGAGGAAAAAAAAACGCCGACCGAUCAGAUUACUCCACGUGUGGAACCGGGAAAGAAAAGAAAAUUGUCUACACGUUAUAUUGAUGAGAGUAAUAUCGAAGAACAAUCGGAGAUUGAAGGAAAUCCUAGGAAACGAUCAAAUCGCGAAAUAAAGCGAUUUCUUACACCUCAGAAGAAUCAAGAUGGGAUUACAAGUGGACCUGGGAGAUUGAUUAGACCCUUGAAGCUAUAUCGAUCUGUGCACAGUGGAGUCACUCCUCUGAAACCAUCACAAAUACCAAGAAGUCCCUUCAUGAAAAAAAAUAACAAGGAACUUUUUACCAAGGUUACUUCUAAUGAAAGAGAAAAUAGUAGUAAUAUUCUUCAAAUGACAGAAUCUCAGUCAAGCUUUAAUCCAAAACUUCCAGUAGCAGUCACAUCUGUGAAGAUGCGAAAAAUUAUACCAGGAGAACCAAUAAUUUCUUUAAAUGGAUCUCCCCUUUUUAAUCCCUUUUCGAUGUUUCAGGAGAAAGGUAGCGCUUAG